UAUCAGCACCAACUUUCUCCAUGGUCGUUGCAAUCUCCUCGUGGUUUAUCCUCUUUUCGCCAUAGAGUCCGGGUCGCACGCAACUAACCAUGAAUUUCGUCGACGUUCAACCGAAGUCGUUCCUCGAUUAUGCAUGGACGUCGCCCACGCCGGCGUCGGCCAUGGGCGCCACGAAGCCUUCGAAGACGAGCAGGAAGCAGAACCGAUGCUGUGAUCAAUGUCGCAAGGGGAAGAGAGCGUGCGACGCGGCCAUCCUGGAGGACACCUUGCUGGAUACUAAUAAGUCUAGUGGGAACCCAACGGUGUUCCACUAUAGUGAUGUCUACGGGCCUCUGGCUUCAUGCGCAAACUGCGAGAAAACGAAGAAAAAUUGCACUUUUGAAUGGCUUCGGUCGCAACGUGUGUUGCAGGCGGCACAGCCACCACAGAGUGCAGCACCGCCAGCAAAACGUCGUCGAACGCAAAGCAGCUCCUCUGGCGGAUUGCAGGUAAAACGAGAGGCUACUCCGCAGGCGCAUGUUAUGAAAUCCGACAGUCAACCGGAUACAGGGUAUGACGUAGAUCCCGUGCCACAGAUCAAUCCGAUAGAGCUGGGGAUAACUUUCGGUGACUUUCCAAGCGGGAUAUCGACUCUCGAUUCCAGUUCCCUAUCCUGGUUCCAGUCUGCCCCCUCCAUUUCCCCCGGCAAAGCUGAACAGGACGAAAGAGAUGGUUUCAGCUAUUUGAGUGAACCAUUUGAGGACAGCCAGGCUACACUCCAUUGCGACUCGGGCAAAGGAUCAUCGAUAGACACGUUAUCGGAAGGGGCUGACGACGCCAUCGCAAUUGAGAGUCCCUACGAAGCGUAUCCAGAACACGACGAUACGAGCACGGUUGCCCCCAAGACGAGCCGCGCUAUCAUGCGCGUCAAUCGAAAACGACGUCGUCGCACACCAGAACCGGUCUCAAUUGGUUCGCUCCCUUGUCCACCAAUACCGUUUGUAAACGACUUGAAUUCGGCAAUAAACAAGGCGUGUUUGACUGAAGGCUUGCUGAAGAUCUAUCAUGACAGUUUCGAAAACGCCCUUGCCUGUUGGCUGACCGAGCGAACGUGCCCGAAUACUGCAAGGGUUGAUAUAACGAUAGGCAAUAAAGCGAAUACCUCUCCGGAUUGGAAUCGCAUGUAUUAUCGAGUAUUUCGGCUUGAUCGUCUAGCUGCAUCAAUCAGAGGAAGGCAGCUCACCUUCGCCGAGGACAGAGCGGCAAGCAAGGCCCUUAACAUGGCGAUUUACGCGUUUGCUAGUCAGUGGGCACAGUCCAGCCAAAGGAGCAGAGCAAAGUAUCCAUUCCAUAGUAAUGGUGCAAAUGGAGUGUUCGAUUCCGGGAACAACGAAAGUGUGCCAGAGGGGAUCGAGUUCGAUCGAGCACUCCAGAUUUCUGCAUGGCAUGAGGCUCGCGGUGCACUGCAAGCCGCUGGAGAAAUCGAAUCGUUUCGGGUGGUGCUAGCAGAGAUUGUCUUUGCCUUGACGCAAAAGCCUAUCGAAGACGACGAAGGCAGACAGGAGCGUGUGAAAGAGCCGGAUCAGCAUCAGCAAACGGAGGUAGGAGUGCCAGAAAGAGGUGGGCAAGAACCGAAAAUGCCACUAGAUGCUGAGGAUCAAGAUAUGGACGAAUGUGAGGAUUUGUUGUCCAAAAUGAACCUCGCAAUGGAUACGGAAGGGCCUCCAGUACAUCUAGAGAAGGGCCUCCGUUUGAUACACUCACUAAGGUCGAGGAUGGCGAUACGUGGGGAUAAAUCGCGGACGGCUCCAAGAGCUUCGCGUUGCGGAAAGAAGUAUCGUCCAUCAGCUGGCCGCCUUGAAAGUGAGGAUCGCGCAACAGUCGAUUUGCUCUUCUGGCUGGGAGUCAUGUUCGACACCCUAUCAGCAGCAAUGCAUAAGCGACCUUUGGUGGUGUCAGAUGAAGACAGCGACAUGGUACUCAACGAAAACAGGGAAGUGGCAGACUUGAACAGUAAUAGUACUGACCUUGUUCCAAUGGAACAGAGUGACGCCCAUUGGGACGACUAUCUCUUCGCUUGUCAGCACGCACGAAUGCAAGAUGCUCCCACCAGAUGGCCGUGUUCUUUCGACCAAGCCGCCGCUGUAUUGUGCGAUGCCGCUCCAGUCAAGGUAUUGCUGUUCAGGAGAAUUACUAGGAUCCAAACCCUCCUCGCCCGAAAUGCCCGGGGGGAAGAGAUCGAAAAAGCUCUGAACGCAGCGCUAGACGUGUGUGACCACUGGAGCCGCCUAUACGCGCCCUUCAUCCAGGAUUGCAUCAAUGCCCAUGACGACCUACCCUUCCGCAUACAGUCCUGGUACAUCUGCCUGACUAGCCACUGGCAUCUCGCAACGCUCCUUCUAGCGGAUCUCAUCGAGAUUGUAGACGAAUCUGACCUUGGGAUUGAGGAAGCGCAGAAUCGACGCAUCUCAGCUGGCUAUGUAGCGAGCUUCCGCGAGAGGAAUUGCUGGACGCUAUCAGAUAUAGCGAGUUGCGCAUGCCCACGAGACGAUGCUCCGUUCCCGCAAUCACGAGAUUUCCAUUUUGCAAUCACGCAGGGGGCCCUUCUAACAGAGCCGUGGACUGCGGUACUGAUUCGCGCAUUUGCGAAGGCAGGCGUCGUGUUGCUUGAGUCUGAGACGAUGUUGCCAUCCUGUCUUGAUGAGGAGGACACGUUUCGACGAGCUGACAAUUGCGUGCGAGCACUGUGGUAUCUAGGCAGAAAGUCGGAUAUGGCUCUUUCAGCAGCAACGAUAUUGGGAGAUGCCUUGAAGCAGAGGCGCCAAAGUGCUCGAGAGAAAGUGGACGCCAUGAGUGCCUUCCUAGAAGAUGAGCUAUGGCAUGGCUUUGAGGGACUAAAUGGGGCGUUUGGGAUAGGCUGCGAGUCCUGAAAUUUAGAAGCCCAGUUCUUCAGUACUAGGACACGUCCUGGUACGAGCAUUGACAUCCUCAAAACAGAGUGCAUGAUAGGUACGAGACGUGAUGAGUAGAGUUGAGCCAGAGGCGCUCA